AUGGAUGAAGGUGUGGAAAUUUCAAGUGAUGGAAAUUCCCUGAUAAAAGCAGUCCAUCUGAGCCGGCUUCGCCUCACAAGACUCCUGCUGGAAGGCGGCGCCUACAUCAAUGAGAGCAAUGACCGCGGGGAAACACCUUUAAUGAUCGCCUGUAAGACCAAACAUGUGGAUCACCAGAGUGUCAGUAAAGCCAAAAUGGUUAAAUACCUGUUAGAAAACAAUGCUGAUCCCAACAUACAGGACAAAUCUGGGAAAACCGCUCUGAUGCAUGCUUGCUUAGAGAAAGCGGGCCCUGAAGUUGUUUCCUUGCUCCUACAGAGUGGGGCCGACCUCAGCUUGCAAGACCAUUCUAGUUACUCAGCCCUUGUUUAUGCUCUCAAUUCAGAAGAUAAAGAGACCCUGAAAGUUCUACUUAGUGCUUGCAAGGCUAAAGGAAAAGAGGUCAUUAUCAUAACAACAGCGAAAUCGCCCUCUGGCAGGCACACUACCCAGCAGUACUUAAAUAUGCCUCCUUCGGAUAUAGAUGGGUGUCAUUCCCAAGCCACCUGUGUCACUCCUUCAGAAAUAGACAUAAAAACAGCCUCGAUGCCACUUUCACAUUCUUCUGAGACCGAAAUGAGAGUUUUUGGCUUUAAUGAUCUGGAGUUCUUGGGAAGCUGUGAUGAUUCCCGGGACUUGGGCUCCCCUGUGAGGAAGCCUGCUGUGGCCCUUAAUGGGCCCAAGCCACCCUGGGUCAAGAGUGCCCCCUCAUUGAUGAACAGAGUGGCCUCUUUGCAAGAGGAGCUCCAGGAUAUUACCCCCGAGGAAGAAUUAUCCUACAAAACCAAUGGGCUGGCACUUUCCAAGCGGUUCAUCACUAGGCACCAAAGUAUUGACAUAAAAGACACGGCACAUUUGCUAAGAGCCUUUGAUCAGGCCAGCCCAAGAAAGACAUCAUAUGAUGAAAUGAAUUAUCGGUCAUGUUUUUCCGAAGGAAAUCAGCAAUGCAUUGAAAUCCCUAUUGACCAGGACCCAGACUCUAACCAGGCAAUAUUUGCUUCCACCUUAAGAAGUAUAGUUCAAAAAAGAAACUCAGGGGCAAACCACUACAGCUCCGAUUCCCAGCUCUCAGCUGGUCUAAUCCCUACAACUUCAGAAGAUGGCAAAGCACUUACCGGAAAGAAAAAGAUCCUCUCACCAACUCCUUCCUUGCUGUCAGGGUCCAAAGAGUUGUUGGAGAAUAUCCCCCCAGGUCCCCUGAGCAGGAGGAACCAUGCAGUGUUAGAAAGGCGUGGGUCAGGAGCCUUCCCUUUAGAUCACAGUUUUCCCCAAACCAGACCAGGAUUUCUGCCACCCUUAAAUGUGAAUCCUCACCCUCCCAUCACAGAUAUCAAUGUCACCAAGAUUCCCAGCCUUCUUUCUUGCGGUCAAAAAGUGCUUAUGCCAACAGUACCUAUUUUCCCUAAAAGUAAAAAAAUGUUAAGGAGACAGUCAUUGCAAACAGAACAAAUUAAGCAGUUAGUAAAUUUUUAA